CUCUCUCUCUAUAAGUAUUUUAGCCUUUGUCGCGUUAUCGGAUCUCCACAAGUUUCCCUCUCUUUUUAUGUUUUCUGCAUUUCUUCACCAGAAUUAGAUACUUUGUCUGAAUUAACUAUAGUAGGCAAUCAUGGGGUCUGUUGUUGAUGCUGCAAACAAGGAAGCAACUGAAAGCGCACACAUCAAUAAGAAGGUGACGGUUGUUUUUGUUUUGGGCGGGCCCGGCAGUGGUAAGGGCACUCAGUGUGCGAAUAUUGUAAAGCAUUUUGGUUACACUCAUCUUAGUGCCGGGGAUCUUCUUCGAGCCGAGCAAAAUUCUGGUUCCGAAAAUGGGGCGAUGAUUAAGAACGUGAUUAAGGAGGGAAGAAUUGUACCUUCGGAAGUUACUGUUAAGCUUCUCCAACGAGCUAUGGAGCAAAGUGCAAACGACAAGUUUCUUAUCGACGGUUUCCCUCGUAAUCAGGAGAAUCGUGCAGCUCAGGAGAAUCGUGCAGCUUUUGAGUCUGUUAUCGGAAUCGAGCCAGAAUUUGUACUUUUCUUCGAUUGUUCAGAGGAGGAAAUGCAGAAGCGCAUAUUAAAUAGAAACCAGGGUAGAGAAGACGAUAACAUGGAGACAAUAAGGAAGAGAUUUAGGACCUAUAUAGAAUCAAGCCUCCCCGUAAUCGAAUAUUACAAUUCUAAAGGGAAGGUUAGAAAGAUCGAUGCUACGAAACCCGUUGAAGAAGUUUUCGAGGCUGUCAAAGAUGUUUUUGCCCCACUGAACGACAAGGUUGCUUAUUGAAGAAGAUGCUGCUUCAUUUCCAUAAGAUUGCAUCUGGUUUCUUUCUGUACAGGUAUACAAUUUGCUAAACAAUGCAAAACAAAUUUGUAUUUACUAUUUAUUCAAAUUUGUGUUCAUGAUUGUCUAUAUCAGGAUUUUACCUUUCUAC